AUGAGCGCCUACCACAUUGGACAGCUCGUCGACAAAAUGUCCAACGCUGACAAGGACUUUCGUUUUAUGGCUUGCAAUGAUCUGAUGAAAGACUUGCAAGUGGGAGCCCUAAGUUUGGAGGACGACUCUACCGCCAAGGUAAUUAUUGCGCUGAACAUUUCAGCAUUUUUUAAACGUACUUUUUUCGUCAAAAAAUCGUAGAUUUGCCGGUGUUAACCUCACAAAAAUUGCACAAUUUCCAGGUGAUGCGUGCUCUGAUCCGUCUGCUCAGCGAUCCGAACGGAGAAGUUCAGAAUUUGGCAAUCAAAUGCAUCGGACUCCUCGCGAUACCCUCCAAAAUCAAGACCCAUCAUGUACGGUGCCGGUUUUUCUAGGAGAAGUCCGCAAAUUUUGCAAAUUUUGAGCUCAAACAAUUUCGUCGAGAAAUGAUAAAGUUGAACGAAACUUUCUAUGUUUUCUCAGCGCUUCUUUGUCUAAUUUUUCUCCCAAUUUUCAGUUGGAAUACCUGGUCGAGGAGCUGACGCCGCACGUGUUCUCGAAAGUGGAGCAGGCGCGUGACAUCCACUCACUGACGCUCAAAUCGAUGAUUGGAAAUCUGGCACCGGCGGCGGGCGGCAACCAAACGAGCGUUGUCGUCAAGAAGAUGCUGCCCAAAUUCAUCGAUUCGCUCCCGUUGUGCGCCCCCGACGACGCCGCCCGCAUCGAUGUGCUCGAUUUGAUCGGAGAAGUGCUGCUCAGAUUCGGCGACGCCGUUAGUCUUUUUUUUUCGAUUUUUAGCGAUUACACAUUUUUCAAGCAGUUUCUCGAUUUCACCAAAAAACAGGGCUGGGGGCAAUUGGCCGGACGUUGUCCUAGACUUUUGAUUAUCCGUCGAAAUUCCGCUAAUCUUAAAAUUUAAAUGUGACAACUGCUAUCUUUGUGUGAUUUUUUCCACACAGUUAUAAUGCGUCAUUUAGGUGCCCGAAAUGCACGAGGCGGCGCUGAAAGUGAUGGUCGAGCACCUCUACUCGGGCCGUGCAGCGAUCCGCAAGAAGGCGAUCAACGGAAUCGGCCACCUCGGAUCGGUGAUCAACGCGACGUUGUACGACAAACUGGUGGUCGAGUUGCUCGGCGAGCUGAACGCCCGCAGCACUUCGGCGAGCUCGGCGCAGCGAGCGCAGACUCGGACGCUCGUCGUCGCAUUGAGUACGGUCGCCCGUGCGAGCGGCUCGAAGUUCUCCGCGCACACGCCACAGGUCAUCCCGCUGCUGCUGCGAUUCCUGAAACGAAACGAGGAGAGCGAGGAAAACGACGACUUGAAGGAGGCGUCGAUUCAGUCGUUGGAAGUGUUUCUGUACCGAUGCCCGCAAGAAGUUAGCCCGUUUUCGAAGGAAAUCGUGGACGAACUGCUGAAAGCGCUCGCUUACGACCCGAAUUACGAGUAUGGCGACGAAAGUGGCGAUGAGGAGGGCGAUCAGAUGGAAGCAGACGAGGACGAAGACGACGACGAGUACUCGGACGACGAGGACGUCACGUGGAAAGUGAGACGGGCGGCUGCGAAAGCCAUCGAAGCGAUGAUCACGUCGCAUCGAGAGUCGUGUCUCGCACUCGUCCAGACCAUCGGACCCAUUCUCACGUCGCGGUUCAAGGUAAAUUUUGAAAAAAGCGACCAAGAGUUUAAUAGUUACUGGCAAGGUUUAUCAUAAUUUUGGCCCAAUUUGUCAUGUUUUUUGACGAAGGUAUGGCAAUUCUGAACUUUUUUCCAACGCAAUUUGAAAAAAUUGAAUUAUUUCCAAUAUUUGCGAUUUUUCAUUAAAUGACCAUAAUUUCCAGGAGCGCGAAGAGACAGUGCGUACGGAGAUCGUGUCCGCCUACAUUGCCCUCCUCAACCAGAUUGCCAUUCUGGUGCCGAAUCUUCAGAAUGCGAUAGUGCCCGACGAUUCGUGCGAGACCGACGAUAUCGUGGUGAUCGGCGGAAAAAAGUACUCGUCGAACUAUUUGUCCAAAAAUCAGUUGGAAAUUGUCGGUUCGCUGGCAGAGCAGAAGCAAAAUCUGUUGCGUUCGACGGUCAAAUCGAUGAAGAAGCAUCCGCGGUCGGGCCCGAAGUGCAUCGAAUUGCUGUCGGCGCUCAUUCAGACGUUCCCUGCGGGAAUCGAUGAUUCGCUCGAUGAAAUCGUGCCGGCCGUGUGCCACGUGCUCACCGACAAAACGACGAGCGCGCAGGGCAAAAUGACGGUGCUCGGGUUCGUGGCAAAAGCGCUGGGGCUUCAGGUGCCGCCGCAAAAGUUCCGACGUCUUCUGAACCCUCUGACGACGAUCGUGACCGUCUCCGUGUCGGACGUCUUCUAUAAAGUGUCCGCCGAGGGACUGGGCGUCGUCGGAAAGUACGUGGAGGUUCUGAAGCAGCUCACAGAGCAGGGAGGGGCUGAGGAAGCGAAGAAGCUACUCGUGGUGGUCGAGAGGAAGUUUAUGGCUAACGACACGGAUCAGGAGGUUCGCGAACGGUCUGUCGCCGCGAUUGCCAUCCUUUUGGCGGCGUUCAAGGAGACUUUUGGACCGGAGGUAAGAAAUUAUUAUAUGAAGCAUUGAACGCGACACAUGAAGUACUAGUAAUAUAUAAAAUACUUUAGUCCAAGAAGCCUGUAAAGUUUGGGUCCGUUUGGAAUAUUGCUUACUUAGUUACAUAGUCGAUUCGUUUUUCGCUGGCGUGGUGUGGGCGCGGAUCACAGCACACCAUGCACUGCGAUCUUUGGCGAUGGUGCUCCUCGGCAGGUCUUCAAAAAGCCUGGGCCGGCAUUUUGCCCAGCCCUGGUUUUUUCGACGAUUACAGAUAGAAUUUGCUUGAAAAGUGCCAAGAAAUGUACAGAAUUUCUAAAAUCCAAUUUCCGGAUGUCGGGCGCAAAAUAGGAAUUGAACUAAUCCUUUUUUAAUUACUGAAAAAUAGCAUGUCCCCAAAGCUUCAGCUGCCGAAAUUACUGGAAAAGAUGACGGAACGAAUCGGACGCGACAUGACGUGUCUCGUGGCGAUUCGCUCGUCGACGCAGAUGAUCGAGGCGGGUGUUUCGUUCGGUUACGAACUUCUGCAGACGAUUCUCGUCAACAUUGUCGACUACGUCCGCAAAACGGCCAGAAGUCUCAGAGUGGGUUUUUUCAUUGAAUUCAGGCUUGGGUGUGCAAUCCGGUUGGCGUUGACUGAGAAAUUGCCUAGCGAAAGAACGGGGGGGCAAGGGAAAAGCGAUUUGCGCGCCAAAGAGAGAGAGACGCAGACGCGAAACUGUCUUGCGUCUGCGUCUCUCCCUUGUGGCGUACGCAAAUCGCUGCUCUCUCGCCCGCUAUUUUUUUUUCCGGUUGAACCACAAAGUCGCCCACCCCUGAUUGAGUUUUGAUUGAAAUUUGCAGAUUUUUUGAUUGACUUGCUAAUUUUCCGCAAUUUUCCAGAUGACGUGUCUGAAUUUCGUAGAGAAACUGAUGAAGCACUCGCCGGCCAAUACGAUUCCGACGGACGAGCUGACUCAAGUGCUUGGCGAGCUGCCGAACCUGAUCAGCGAGACGGAUUUGCAGAUUACCAACCAGGCGUUCAACUGUUUGACUUGUACGUUUUUUUCCAGGAAAAAUGGGAAUUGUCAGAGCCUUUUAGCAUUUAAAGCGUGUUAAGGCUUCUGAACGUUUUUUUCUGUUUGCAGACGCAUUCCUCAACUUCUCCUCGUGCGUCUCGCUGCACAUGCAACCGAUUCUUCAGGCGAUUAUUCGACUUUUGACGUCUCCACUCAUUCAGGUGCAUUUUUUGAAAGAAAAUCGGAACAACCAAAUUUCAUUGAGAAGUAAUAAAAUGUAUUCGAUUUUCGAGUUUUGUGUUGGAAAUGCCCGAAUUUAAGUCAUUUCAAGAUCAUUUUCGCUGUUCAAACUCUAAAAAUGAUUGUACUUACGUGCCUUUUCAUUUCCGACACUGAUUUUGUCUGAAACCUGCACAAAAAAACAAAAAACAUUCAAAUCAAUACAGGGUCUUGCGCUCAACUCGCUGCUCACCCUCUUCACGGCCAUCGUCCGCACGAAUUUCCCGGAGAAGCCGUCGUUCGAGAGUCUUCUCGACUCGGUCACCUCGCCCGUUUACGACAAUGCGCAAUUGUCAAAGUACGCCUACGUGGCAAUCGCCUCGUCGGCCGCCGUCAUCACCGAAAGCACGGAGAGUUUGGAGAAGGUGAGUGGAAAAUAGUUUUUAAUUGAAAAAAUUCUCCUGACAAAUUGUAUUCUUUCAGAGCCGCGCCCUCGCCUCGAAACUGGCCGAACAACUGCAGGCGACGACGAAAACGACCGACUCAAUCCGUCUCUUUUCGAUGAUAACGCUCGGCGAGCUGGGCCGACGCUGCCCGGCCACCUACGAUCACGAUUUCGCCGUUCGGCCGGAGGAGCUCGCGUGCAAAGCGUUCAACUAUCCGUCGGAAGAGCUGAAGGCGGCGGCCGCGCAGGCACUCGGCGCCCUCGCCGUCGGAAAUCUGAACGUCUACCUGCCGUUUAUUCUCGAGCAAAUCCGCGUGCAGCCGAAGAAGCAGUACCUCCUGUUGCACGCCCUCAAAGAGGUGAUCGUCUGGGAAUCGUGUGAUGGAUCUGAGAAGUCGACGACGGUUUUCCGAGCGGCGAUCGGCGACAUUUGGGGCAUGCUGAUGGCAAACGCAGGCGGAAGCGAGGACGGAACUCGGAGUGUCGUUGCCGAGUGUCUCGGCCGCCUGUGUUCGUUCGAUCCGGACGCGCUCCUGCCGAAGAUCAAAGAUCAGAUGGCGUCGAAAGACCCGGCGAUCCGAUCGGCCGUCGUCUCCGCCAUCAAAUAUAUGAUUAAUAGCGAGAACCGAAACGUAGGAGCCGCCCUUCACAAGCAUAUCGGCGAUUUCCUGGUGGCCGUAAGGGAUGAGGAUCUGAAAGUGAGACGCGUCGCCCUGGUGGUGCUCAAUUCGGCGGCGCACAACAAACCGGCACUCGUGCGGGACCUCCUGCCCCGUCUUUUACCCGCAAUUUACGCGGAGACCGUGUUGCGGAAGGAACUCAUCAAGGAGGUCGAAAUGGGACCGUUCAAGCAUCAGGUCGAUGAGGGACUCGACCUCAGAAAGUGCGCCUUCGAGUGGUACGCUUUUUUGAUUUUAGCAAUAAAAACAAACGAAGGGUACUUGCAUGGGUUAAUGAUUGAAUCUGAUGACUGUCCAAUUUAGUACUGUCCCUCUGAUAUCUUAUGUUUGUUUUAUGUGUUUUGACACGUAUUCCUACAGAUUCAAGCACAGAUCUUUCUAAAUUCGCAAAAUCUAUCUCAAUUCUAUGUCUUUUUUUUUUCAAAAAAGCAGAUUUCUCUAUGUUCGAUUUCUGAAGAUAUGUUGAAAAAACCGUUAGUCGCAUGUACGAAUAGCCGGGCCGUCGCAUGUACGAAUAGCCGGGCCGUGCCUAACCUAGUUCCCGUAGUUUUCCACAUAACAUCUUACAAAACUGGGUCCGGGGGAUGUUUGCCAUUCUGAACCGAAUUUAAUGAAAAUGCCCCGGUCAGCCAGAACGUGCAUAAAACGCCCAAAAUUAUUCAAUUUUGCAGCAUGUUCACCCUGCUGGAGAGUUGCGUCGACAAAAUCGACAUCACGCAAUUCCUUUCGGUCAUGGAAGUCGGUCUUUCCGACCAGAACCACGACGUGAAGCUUCUGAACUUCCUCACCCUCCAAAAAGUGGCCACUCUUGCACCGGGCCAAGUCCUGCAGCGCCUUGACCGCAUCUGCGAGCCGUUGAAAUCGCAAUUGAACGUGCGCGCGCGCGGAAACGCCGUCAAACAGGAGGUUGAGAAGCUCGAAGAGUUGAAGAAGGCGGUGAUCCGCGUGGCGUACAUGCUCAAAACGAAAUUGCCGGAUGUGGAGCGGAAUUCGCAGUAUUUGGACCUCUACAACACGAUCAAACACACCAAAGAGUUGGAGGUAGACUUUUUGAGUGAUGGAGAGAGGGAGGAGACGUGACACGCUCAAUAGUUUUUACAGUAAUCUGUUUUUUGUCGAGUUUAGGCAUAUUCAUGGAGGGUGGAGAGAGACGACAAUAUGAACAACAUUUAAAAAAAUCCAAUUUUGCAGACGCUCGCCGAAGACGUUCGAAAGGAGUCGCAACGCGCCGUCGUCUAUGACACCCCAAUGGAAACCGCAUAA